AUUAUUAAGCACGAUAAUUGAUUGUAAAUAAUUAUAGAAGAAAAGAAAAUAAAUGGCCAACAACCUGUUCAGAUAAUUUCAUUAUUUAAAUCGGAUGUGGGGUUAUAUAUAUACAUAUUUCGAUCGGUACCAAGUUGUUUACGGCCCUGACAAAGUUAAAAGAAACCAUUCUACCGUGAUAAAUUCACUAUUGCGCUGAGUGGGGCGCUAUAUACUCGGAGAAAGUACACUUAGUUUAUAUAUACCCGAGCACAGGGGCCAUCGCACGCAUUUUCAAUAUCGCUCUCGCUAAUUACGAUACUCGUGCACACAUACACAUACACACACACAUACACAUAUAUACACACAUUAUAUAUAUACAUAAAUAGAUAGAUAGAUAAUAGAUAGGUAGAUAGAUAGAUAAAUAAAUAAAUAAAUAAAUAAAUAAAUAAAUACACGGUCCACGAGAUCCGAAUUUGUUGGAUCAAAGAUCUUCAUAGAUAGAUAGAUCAUCGACGAAGGAUGACGAUACUCAUAGGAUUCCUGGCGAUUUUCGCGAUCUCAUCGAGGAUCAUACUCGCCGAAUUACCUCCAGGUGUAACUGCUUGUCCACGAACAAGCGAUCUUCCAACUUAUGACAAAUGUGUACUUAAACAAUUGGAAACCAUUACACCAUUCUUAGCUAAAGGUAUACCGUCCUUGAAAUUACCACCUUUGGAUCCGCUUCUUCUGCCAUCUCUAACAGUCGACAGAAAUUUGGAAGCUCUUAAAAUAAAAGCGAAUAUGAGUCAAAUACGUGUUUACGGUGCUACAAAUUUCUUGGUUGAGGAACUGAAUGCCAAUCCCCAUGAUCUAACAGUUUCCAUAAAGGUACAAUUACCUCAUGUUCAUGUAAAAGGUGAUUACGAUGUUCAUGGUAGACUCUUAUUAUUACCACUCAACGGUGCUGGCAGUUUCAAAGGAAAUUUCACCAAUACGGAGGCCAAAGUUAAUGCACAGGGAAAAGAAAUCACCGACAAGGAUGGUAUACAAAGGCUAGAGAUCGAUAAAUUAGAUACAAAAAUUCGUGUUGGCAGUGGAAAUAUUAAAUUGAAGGCACCACCUUCUCAUACUGUAGCUGCUGACGCAGCAGCAACGUUCUUCAAUUCUAAUCCACGAUUAGUUCUUGACAUAGCCAGUCCUAUCAUCGAGGACACAGCCGCAACGAUUAGCAGAGCUUUAGCAGCUCGAGCACUCGGUGUUCUUACGAAAGCUGAGCUGGUGCCCUAAUUUUGAAUUUCUUUACAAUUCUUCUAAUAAGUAUGAUUAGAUAUACAUAUUA